UCCGCAGCUCUAUUCCGCACCAUGUGAUUUCGGCCUAAGGGAGUUUAUAAAAUUAAAACUAACCUAAAUUACAUAUAUGUCGCUAUUUUUCCAUUAUAAAGAAAUUCGCUUAAACCUGAUAAUAUAUGAGAAGAAAUCUAUUCUUCUUUUAUAUUAAAGCUGGUAAUGGGAGAGAGAAAUUGGAAAGAUUGGAGACCUUUUGUGUAUGGUGGUAUAGCUUCAAUCGUUGCAGAGCUGUGUACUUUUCCUUUAGAUACGACAAAAACACGACUGCAAGUACAAGGACAGAAAUAUGAUCAAAAGCUUGCACAUUUAAGAUAUUCUGGUAUGACUGAUGCUUUAUUGCAAAUAUCUAAGCAAGAAGGAAUAAAAGGUUUAUAUGCUGGGAUUAGUUCUGCAAUCUUACGACAAGCAACAUAUGGGACUAUAAAGUUUGGAACUUACUAUUCGCUUAAGAAAGCUGCUAUUGAUGCAUGGGCUACAGGAGAUUUAGUCACCAUAAAUAUUAUUUGUGCAGCAUUAGCUGGAGCUAUAUCAAGCGCAAUUGCCAAUCCUACUGAUGUGAUAAAAGUUCGUAUGCAAGUAACAGGCAAUGAAACAAAUGUAUCUCUAUUUACUUGUUUUCAAGAUGUAUACAAACACGAAGGUGUUCGUGGACUUUGGAGGGGUGUUGGGCCAACUGCUCAACGAGCAGCUGUUAUUGCGGGUGUGGAAUUACCUAUAUAUGACUAUACUAAGAGCAGAUGCAUGAAUGUAUUGGGAAAUAGCGUUAGUAAUCAUUUUGUAUCUAGUUUUGUAGCUAGUAUGGGGAGUGCCGUAGCUUCAACGCCUAUAGACGUAGUUCGCACUCGAUUGAUGAAUCAAAGAAGAGUGCGCAUAGCUGGCAAUAAGUCUUCAUCAUACAUUUAUAGUGGCAGUAUAGAUUGUUUGGUUCAGACGAUUAAAAAUGAAGGCAUCGUAGCACUAUACAAAGGUUUUAUCCCGACGUGGUUCCGAAUGGGACCAUGGAAUAUAAUAUUUUUUAUUACUUAUGAGCAAUUAAAACAGUUGUGAUGCAUCGUUAACUACCAUAUUGCAUAUUGAAAUUCUUCACUAUGAUAAAGUCUGAAAAUACAUUUUACCAUAAACAUUAUUAUGUAUGUAACAUUACUGUCUGAUAAUCUCAUUUGUAUACAAUUCAUUGAUUAUGAAAGUGACAAUUAAUGCGCACAUAAAAUAAGUAAUAUCAUUUAAAAGUUCCCAAAUUAAGCAAAGCACUUUUCAACGCGCGUGUGCGUAAUAUAAUUUUAGAAAUAGAUAUAAGAAAAAGAAAGUAAUUAGGAAAAUUCAAGAGCUUCCUAAAGUACAAGUUUCAUAAAUGUUUUUUGUUGACAAUGACUUUUUAGAGUUACAUUUCUAUUAUUAUACAAUGACAAGUAUUAUAUAAAUGUUAUUCACGUUAUUGCAUAUAUUACUUCGAUUAUAUUGAAAUUUUUAUAUAGAAUAAAUUUGAUUCUGCACUGAAAGAUUUUUUAAGUAAAUUAAUAAAUAUAAUAAAUUAAUGCAUAUAAAAUGUUGACAUACCAUGUAUAUACAGUUUAAAGUUCUUGUUUGAUUUAUUAAUAUUUUGUAUCAUACUAAUCAUUAUCUACAUGAACAUCAGUUGUCUACAUGAAUAUAAUAAUGAAUUAUUUUAUUUCAGUAUUUUUGUAUAGCAUUUAUUGUUAUAUUUUUGACAGACACACUAGUCACUUUAAGAAAUUCUUAUAAAAUUAAUAUAAGAUAUAAAAGUGUUAUCCUUAAUCUACUUGUUAAUUUUAUGAAUUAUAUGAAUAAUAAUAUUGAUAUUAAA